AAAACAUCUUAGACCUCACAUCCAGCAACAGCUACAGCCUUGGCUGCGAAGCUACCAACCAGUUGCACACGUUUGCAAGAGAGAAACAAGCAGACAAAAGGUGACAGCAAAUAAUCCUCAUGGCAUCAGCAGGUCUGCAGUUCUUUGCCUUUAUUCUAGCUUUGUUUGGCAUUUUUGGAGACAUCACAGCCACUCUCCUACCUAACUGGAAGGUAAACGCAGACGUUGGCUCAAAUAUCAUAACAGCUAUAACGCAGAUGCAAGGACUUUGGAUGGACUGCACAUGGUACAGCACUGGGAUGUUUAGCUGUACCCUGAAAUAUUCCGUUCUCUCUCUCCCUGUCUACGUCCAGGCUGCCAGGACCACCAUGGUACUGUCUUGCAUCCUAUCGGCCUUUGGGAUUUGCAUCACUACAGUUGGAAUGAAAUGCACAAAGUUGGGAGGGGACACGGACAGCAAAAGCCACACUUGUUUUGCUGGAGGAGUGUGCUUCAUUCUUUCUGGAAUCUUUGGAUUAGUACCAACAUCCUGGUACACAAGAGAAAUAAUUUCAAAUUUUAUGGAUGCAACCGUUCCAGAGAGCAGUAAACAGGAACCAGGAGGAGCUGUUUAUAUAGGAUUCAUUGCAGCAGGGUUUCUGCUUAUUGCAGGUGUGAUUUUCUGCACUUCCUGUUUUAAAAAGCAGCAAGGACCAUGGAUUGACCCUACAAAACAGCAACAUUUCCCAUCCACACAACAAGAGAACAAUGCAGGUUACAACCUGAAGGACUACGUGUAAAUACAGCUAUUCCUACCAGUUGAGGCUUUUUUGUGCUAAGUACAGGCUCAUUAUUUUAAAGAAUUUAUGAAAAGAGCACAUUUUUCCUUAUGUCAUGGCUGCAAUUUUGUUUUAGCAACGUAUUUUUAUUUUUAAUGACAUCAGCAAGAAGAACGAGGUAGGAAACAAAGCUUAAGUCUACUGCAAGAGUUCUUUUUCUGAUGAUUUUUGCAAACCUGGUUCUUUUUGGCUUUCCAUGUAAAAUUUACCAGAGAAGGCGGCAUCAUUUAAAACCAUAACUGUCAGUAACAAUUAAACUGAUGGCUUGUCAGAGCAAAGAUGCUUAAAAAUAUACUGCUAUUUAUUUAGGAAAUCAAGCUAUCCAUAAUGUAUAG